AUCUGCUCCGCUCUCCUCCACGGAUGCAGUAUCUGCUCUGUCCCACCGCGACUGCUCCGCUCUCCUCCACGGCUCCACUGCAUCCUCGCCCAACUACGGCGUGGCAUCUCCAGCAGCGGAGCCAGGUCGCCCCUAUCUCCUCUUCCCGGCUGCCCCUGUGGGCCGCCGCCGCUCGCCAGUCGCACCCAGCUACGCCUUGCUCGCCGGCGUUGGUCUCGCCCGCAACUUGGCGCCGCCGGAAAUCAAUCGCCGAGGCAGAGCACGCGACUCGACCCACUAUUUGCCCCCUGGGAUCUAUCCCGUCGGUCUGAUGGCAACAACCAAGAUGAAGAUUGUGCUCGGAGUGGACCUGCCCGACUACAAGCAGAAGAAGAAGGCGUUCAAAGCACUCUCCAACCUCUCUGGUAUCGACUCCGUGACCAUGGACACAAGGGCGCAGAAGAUGACGGUCAUCGGCUGCGUCGACCCUGUCGAUGUCGUGUCCAAGCUGCGAAAGCUCUGGUUCACGGUGCACGUCAUCACCGUCUCGCUGUCUGAGGAGAAGAAAGAUUAUAAGGAUGGAGAAAAGAAGCCAGAAGAGCAGCCGAAGCCGAAGCCGAAGCCGGAGCCGCCGAAGCCGAAGCCGGAGCCGCCGGAGCCGUGCUCGUAUCCGGGGUACUAUUAUGGCGUUCCGCAUCCAGUGGAGUCGUUUACACUCGAGUUCUUAAACCAUAUCACAAAUGAUUUUUCUGAAGAGCUCAUAAUUGAUCGUGGUAGGUAUGGAGCGAUUUACAAGGGAAUACUUGUCAAUGGGAAAUGCAUUGCGGUGAGGAAGCUUCAUCUGAAACCGGGGAUCGAAGAAGAAGAAUUUAAUAAUGAGUUCAACAAACUUAUGAGGAUCCGACACCAGAACACCAUCCGGUUAGUUGGGUACUGCCAUCAUGUAGCACAAGUGCCUGUUGAGCACAACGGAGAAUAUGUUUCUGCUAGAGUGGAAGAAAGAGCUCUAUGUUUUGAAUACUUGGAGGGACAAAGCCUUGACAAGCAUCUUUCUAAUGAAUCAUGUGGGCUUGAUUGGUACAUAUGUUACAAAAUAAUUAGGGGAAUUUGCGAGGGUUUACAGUAUCUUCACAAGGGACUCGAGCAUCCUAUUUACCAUCUGGACUUAAAACCAACAAACAUUUUGCUGAAUGACCACAUGAUCCCCCGGAUUGGAGGUUUUGGUUUAUCACUCUUUGAUUCACUAGAAACCAACAACAUAUCAGAAGAUAUGGAAACAAGUGUAUACAUGCCACCAGAAUACAUCGAUAAACAGCAAAUCUCACCAAAGUUCGAUGUAUUCAGUUUGGGUGUUAUAAUCAUACAAAUAAUGGCAGGAAAGGAGAGUUACUCCAAAUACGCAGAUACUCCUCCAGAAGAAUUUAUUCAGCUUGUACAUGGACUCUGGGCAAAGCGGGUGCCAGAAACAAGUUGGAGAUAUGCUUCUCGUGAAGUUAGAGCAUGCAUCGAAAUAGCGUUAAAAUGUGUGAAGUCUGACCGAGUGAUGAGGCCUACAAUAACCGAAAUUGUAGAUAAACUGAAUAAGAUUUAUAUUGCUGAAGGGUCUUCUAUAGAACAGCUUUAUAGGACAAGGGAGUUUACACUCGAGUUCUUAGAGCGUAUUACAAGUAAUUUUUCUAUGGAGAACAUAGUUGGGCGUGGUGGAUUUGGAGUUAUUUACAAGGGAGUACUGGACAAUGGAGAAGAGGUUGCUGUCAAGAAGCUUCACCCAAUGGCGUGGAUUGGCGACAGGCAAUUAUUUAAGAAUGAGCUUAAUAAUCUUAUGAAGGUCCAACACAAAAAUAUUGUACGGUUAGUUGGCUACUGCAACCAUACAACACAAAUACUUGUUGAGUACAAUGGAAAACUUGUUGCUGCUAGUGUGGAACAAAGAGCUCUUUGCCUGGAAUACUUGCAGGGUCUAAGCCUUGACAAGCACCUUUCUGAUGAGGCAUGCAGACUUGAUUGGGACACAUGUUACAAAAUAAUCAAAGGAAUUUGUGAGGGUUUACAUUACCUUCAUAAUGGAUCAGAUCAUCCCAUUUAUCAUCUGGACUUAAAACCUGAAAAUAUAUUGUUGGAUAAAGACAUGAUGCCAAAAAUUGGUGAUUUUGGUUUGUCAAGACUCUUUGAUUCGGUAGAAACGUAUAUAACGCAAUCCGAAAAUGUUACAGGAACACGCGGAUACAUGCCACCAGAAUACAUCCACAGACAGACAAUCAGUCCGAAGUUUGACGUUUUUAGUCUGGGUGUGAUAAUCAUACGAAUGAUGGCAGGAAAGAAGGGAUACUUCGAUUGUGUAGACACACCUCCAGAAGAAUUUAUUAAGCUUGUACAUGGAAACUGGCGGAAGAGGCUGCAGGCAACAACAAUGUCGUCGUACUAUGCAUCUCAGGAAGUGAGGACAUGCAUCGAAAUUGCGUUAAGAUGUGUGGACCAUGACCGAGCGAAAAGGCCUACCAUAGCCCAGAUUGUUAAUGAACUGAGUAACAUUGGUACUGCUAAAAGUUCGGCAGCAGGUCAGAGUAAUCAUGAAGAGGACAUCCAUGAUAGCUGUGUUCAUAGUGAAUUCAAAUUUACGGCGUGGAGGGCCUCGUUAUUGUUCACUCACUUCAAAUAUUGGUUGCCCCUCUUAGUUGCACUGGUUGCCAUAUUUUUGGCAUGGCCUCGAUUGUGUCCAGAGUCAUGGUGCCGAGAAACUUGACGUACGUACAGAACGUCUUCAUCAGCAGAACACCCAAAAGUACCCGUGCUGGUUUCUAGACUGUCAAGUGUCAAGCAAGCAAAUGCCAAUCUUCACAUCUAUUGUUUUCACAGCCUUAUAUAUGUGCCAUAAUAUGAAUAUGCUGAUUGACAUGAAUAACUUCAGUGUUGAGAAAAUUGGGAUCCUUUUACGUAACCUUACUCCCUCCGUCCCAGAAUAAUAUCCUAAAAUAUUAUUCGUUUUAGUUUUUCUACGUACAUGCAUCUUAUUAUUAUGUAUUUAGACAUAGUAUAUAUCUAAAGUGCAUAUACCUAGAAAAGCCAAAACGAAUAGUAAUUUGGGAUGAAGGAAGUAUGUGAUUGUUCUUUAUUAAUUAUAUUGUUAGAUAUUGUUAAA